CAAAAGAACCAAAAACAGACCAAGUAUUUCACGUCUCUGUUCACCAACUGUCACUUAAACAAAAGCGCCUUGUUAGACCAUCCACCCAAACACAGACUGCAGAGCAAAAUUGGGGAAGAUCUUAUUUAGGGUUUGUUUUUCCUCAAUCCGAUUCGAAUCUUUAACCGCACAUGGGAUCUAACGGUUGAAAUCAAAGUAAAACGUUCUCGACUUGAAUAAAAAAAUUCAAGUGUGGACUCUGCUUAGCCUGAAAAAAACUCUCCUCACUCCCCAGAAAAACCUGGCCUUUUCUUCUUCUUGUUCUUCUCGGCAGAUUUCGAUUCUGCAGAAAUCAAAACCGAGACUCGUCGCUAAGCGAAGCUUGAGAAAUUCGGAAAUGGCUCCUCCUCCCAUCCUUUCCUUGGCUCUGCCUUCCGAGACUGGUCGAGUUCUCAGUAUCCAAUCCCACACUGUUCAGGGAUAUGUUGGGAAUAAAUCAGCUGUGUUCCCCCUGCAAUUAUUAGGCUAUGAUGUGGAUCCAAUUAAUUCUGUCCAGUUCUCAAACCACACAGGAUACCCAACAUUUAAGGGUCAAGUUUUAAAUGGAGAACAGCUUUGGGCAUUGAUACAAGGCCUUGAAUCAAAUGAUCUAUUAUACUACACUCAUUUAUUAACAGGUUAUAUUGGUUCAGUUUCUUUUCUGAGCACUGUAUUGGAAGUUGUCAAUAAACUUCGCUCUAUAAACCCAAAACUUAGAUAUGUCUGUGAUCCAGUGAUGGGUGAUGAAGGAAAGCUGUAUGUCCCUCCAGAGCUGGUAUCUGUUUAUCGUGAAAAGGUUGUCCCUGUUGCUUCAAUGUUGACUCCCAACCAGUUUGAAGCAGAAUUGUUGACCAACUCCAGGAUUGAGUCUGAAAGAGAUGGCCGUGAAGCUUGUAACAUUCUUCACGCUGCUGGACCAUCAAUGGUUGUGAUAACAAGCAUAAAUAUAGAUGGUAAUCUUCUUCUAAUUGGUAGUCAUCAAAAGGAACAAGGUCUGUCUCCAGAACAAUUCAAGAUUGUGAUUCCUAAGAUUCCUGCGUAUUUCACGGGUACAGGAGAUCUUACAACUGCGCUUCUACUUGGUUGGAGUAAUAAAUAUCCUAACAACCUAGAUAAGGCUGCGGAGCUUGCUGUAUCAACCGUGCAGGCCCUUUUGCAGAGAACAGUAAAUGAUUAUAAAACUGCUGGCCAUGAUCCCCAGUCAACCAGUUUAGAGAUUCGAUUAAUACAAAGUCAAGAUGACAUUCGUCAACCUGAGAUUAAAUUCAGAGCUGAAAGAUAUGCCUAAUAUAUGGAAAAGAAGUUGAAGAGAAAAUUUGAAAAUUGUUUUCCUUUGGAGCUAGAAAUGGCAGCAGUAAUAACGAUGUUAGAUUAAUGCUAACCAUUUCUGUAAACUUUUGUAAGGGAAGUUUAAUUUUGUUAGUAUUUUUACAGAAACUAUAAAGAAGUUUUAAAAAUGAAAACAAAUUGAUUUAGGAAUUAGAAAGAAGCCAAACUGUAUCCAGGUGCUGAUUGUUAAGUUUUCUUGGAUUAAUCUGUUUCUGUUGGUGUA